AUAAGAAAGCAAAAUAUUAUUUGGGCAUAAAACUAAGUGCAAACUUUUGAUGAUAUAGUGGUUGAUAAAAGUUUGAGUGUUACAAUUGUAAAGCGAAUGACUCCAAGGCCAGAAAAGUGUUUUAAAAAAGUAUCUAAUCUCCUCUAAAAAGUGUGAAUAACUGCUAAACAAAUUUUCUACCCACUACCGAUAGCAAAGUGAGACGAGCUUUCACGAGCCUCUCUCCUCUAUCGUGUCCGCAUUCAGCUCCGUUCCCGAUUGGCUGCUUUCUAACUGGUAUGCAUUACGUGUUCUCAUCGUCUGCUGCACAUGCGCAGAGAGGGGAGACGCGCAGUUGCCACUCGCGAGCAGACGACAGUUUGUUUUUUUUUCUCCCGCGUGCAACCGGAAAGCAAGGGAAACACUGUGUUUCAAAAGUUGUGUGGCCGCUGAGUUGGAGGGUGUUUGACAAUCAGCGGGAAAUAUGCUGUAACGACAUAGCCGGGGGCCCAGAAAUGCCGGCCUAAAAGGCGAAAGCACACUAAUUGGGGUAAACGCAGGUCUUCCCCACCACUGUCAUCUCAUGGGAGUUGUAGUCACAAGAAGCUGCAACAACAGUCAAGGUUUUGAUCAUUCCAUCAGAAAGCGAAUUAUAACAUCGGAAACAAGGCAAGGGUAACAUCUGUAGGUUCAGACCCCGCGGCUUUUGACGGUAAAGAGUUCGCGCCUGAACGCACAGCAGAAAGCAACCAGUCCUGCCGACCGCUCACUAGCUUGCCAUGAAUCACGCCUGCCGGCCGGCCAUCAGACUUCAGCGCCUCUCGUCUUGUGUCUGCCUUUCAGAUUUGAGCGCCUUAUGAAGACCGCCAGCAUGGCAAAGGUUGUCAGCGCGGCAGUAAGCUUCCUACCCUGUCGGUCUCUAUUCCUCGCCAUACUUUUGCACCUCAGUUGCCUGCGUCCGUCGCAAGCGCAGAAGAUGAAGCAUGUCGUCCUGGGUCCCUUCCAAGAGCAGCAGAGGUCCGGCAUCCUCGUCGGGAACAUCGCCCAGGCCAGCAACAUCGCUGAGGAGAUGGAGUCAAGCAAAUUCCGCUCGCUGAAGUAUGAGGUUCUCGAUCCUAACAACCUCCAGACAGCUUCACUUUUCACGCUCAACGGACAGACUGGAGGGGUUUUCACCAGCGCCAUGAUAGAUCGGGAAGCCGUCUGCGAGUUCAAAGAAGUGUGCUUGCUAAACUUCGAUGUCUCGGUGAGCUUUGACACCAAUGAGUAUCUGUGCAUCGUCAGGGUGUCUAUCAACAUCACCGAUGUCAACGAUAACAUGCCGACUUUUCCCAGAGAGACCAUCACGCUGGACAUUACAGAGGGUAACACCCCUGGCACGUUCUAUCUUCUCCCAUCGGCCGUGGACAAGGACACGAAGGUGAAUUCUGUGGUAGAGUACAGGCUUCAGACUACGACCAGUCCCUUUAGGCUUCACGUGGAAAAGAACCUCGAUGACUCCUUCAAGGUGUCGCUGGUCGUCACCAAAGUUUUGGACCGCGAGGAGAGAGACAACUACCUGUUGAGGGUGGAGGCUAUCGACGGCGGGCUGCCCCCGCUAAUGGGCACGCUGACAGUCCACAUCAACGUCACCGACAUCAAUGACAACGCGCCUAUCUUCAGUGAGCAGACGUACUCCAUCAGCGUCGUUGAGAACGCUCCUGUCGGCACGGUCAUAGGUCGGGUCAAGGCCGACGACCUUGACACGGGAAUGAACGCCAGGAUCACUUAUGGCUUCAGUGGUAGCGGGGGAGGAGAGAUGCAGAAAUUAUUCUCGCUGCACCCGGACUCUGGGGAGAUCCACAUCAAGGCACCGCUGCAGUAUGUAUCAGGAAACACCUUCACGGCCAUCGUGCAGGCCAAAGACAACGGCUUUCCUGCGCAAGUCAGCCAGGCGCAGCUGACGAUCACCGUGGUGGACGUGGGCAACAACCCACCCAGGAUGGAGUUCCUCCCCAAAAAGACCAUCUACGAGAACACCAUCCAGAUAGCAGAGAACGCCAACCUGCGAACGGUGAUCGGCACUGUCAAGGUCGAGGACAACGACCCCGGGCUCAGUGGGGUUGUGAACUGCCGCGUCUCGCACGAGAGCUUUAAAGUGCAAAAACUGGUGGACACUGUGUUUGUUGUGCUGCUGCAGCAGCAGCUGGAUAGGGAGCUGGAAGAGAAGGUCAACGUCACCAUCAAGUGUUCCGACGCCGGAUCCCCGCCCAUGACCUCGUCGACGACUUUCGUCAUAGUGGAGGACGACAACGACAACGCCCCGGUCUUCUCUCAACACGUGUACACAACUAGCAUUACAGAAGAAUCCCCGAAGGGCAAGAGCAUAAUGUCGGUGUCAGCCCAGGACUUCGACAAGGGCUUCAACGGCCAUUUUUUGUACUCCCUGCACCCGAAAGAAAACGAAAUGUUUACUCUUGACCCCAAGUCAGGGGAACUGAGAACCAACAUGGUUUUCGACCGAGAGACGGACACAGAGGUCACGGUCAUCGUCAAGGCCAUCGACCAGGGUCAGUCACCCCUGACCGGCACGGCAACAGUAGUGGUGCAGAUCCUUGACAUUAACGACAACGCCCCAGAGCUGACCAGCACUGAGUUUCAUGUCGAGGAGGGAAUCAGAGCUGAGACGGUAGAGAGGGAGGUAGGAACACUGAAAGCCAGGGACCGCGACAUCGGGAUAAACGCGCAGGUGGUGUACCACCUGAAAGACGCUCAUCCCCUCCCUCCUUUUACGGUGUGCAAGAACGGGAUGAUAAAAACCAAACUAAACAUGAACAUCGACCGGGAGAUGCAGAACCAGUACGUCUUCGAGGUGCUUAUGCACGACCUGGGGGACCCUGCGAAGACAUCGUCGGCGACCGUCACGGUCCACGUCAUCGAUGCCAACGACAACCCACCGGAAGUAAGGUUCCCAAAUUCUAAAAACAACACUGUUACUAUCAUGUGGAGCCAGACGCCUCAGGUACAGUUUGCGACAAUCGAAGCGACGGACCGUGACGACGGACGCAAUGCCAAGCUGUUGUUUUUCAUCGCAGGCGGGAACAAGAACAAUUUGUUCGAGAUCUCCAAGGACCAGGGCACCGUUUACCUUAGCCGCUACGUAGAAGCUUCUGACGUGGACUUUCACAGGAUAAAAAUAGCAGUCCACGACUCGGGCGUACCCGAGCAGGAGACCCAGGCCCUCCUCAACGUCCGCAUCGAUCUGACUAAUGCCACCUUCGCCCGCCAGGAAGGUCCAGUGGAAAUGGAGCGGUACACCCUUAUCGCCGGUAUCGUAGUGGGCGCCACUAUCGUCAUCUGCAUUGUCAUCUUCGUGGUCAUCUUCCACGUGCGCUCCACCACUCGGCGGCCGAGGCGGGCUGGCAAGGACUCAGGCGAAUGGCAAAAUGACAAGACCGGAAUCCAAGAGGAAUGCGGGAAGUCUGACAUUGACAAGGUCUCUUGGAAGCUGCCUCAUACUCAUGUCAAGGGUCAGCCCGACCUCGAGGACGUGGACGAAGCAGCGGACGCCGGUGGACCCUCGGAGCAGGUGACGAUGGGCAAGGUAGUCAGCCUUCCCUGGAGUAAUGACCGCAUGGACCUGGGUCACGGCGACAGCCAGCUAAGCAGUGUCCCGUCACUCGACCAAUACCGAAAGCAAGACUUCUACACCUUCUGCAAGGUACGAAGCCCACACGACGACGUCAACAGCGUUACAUCAGGCGAAACCACCACCAGUGACAGCGGGCGCGGUGGUAGUGAGGAUGACACCGCCCUUCCGCCUAUUGCAGAAGUUCCGCCUGAAAGUGGGAGUAACCAGAGCCUGUCCCUUGACCGUCAUUCCGAACGUUCAACGUCGCCGCUGUCUCCAGUGCGCUCAGGGUUCGGAUCCCCCGAGACCAAGAUUAUGCCGCUGAGCACGUUCAGAGAACCCGAGAACCGCCGGCUGUUCGCCAACGCCAAGCUGUCCCUCAACGAGCCUGCCCUGCACCCCUACUUCGGUGACAAGAUUCAUCCUUCUUCCUUCAAGCGAGGCACCAACCCUGGCCUUUUCUCCAAUCCCAGCCUCCCUGUGAAACGCGGCGCCUUGGCCGGAACCAAUCGCAGCCUUCCGCACAGCAAACCUCCGGGCAGCGCGGGACGUCAGGUGACCUUCUCAACCAAUCGUACGAUUCCGCGCUUUGAGCCGGGAAACGCUCACCACUUCCGCCUGCUUACGAAAACCUGCUUUCAGACGUAGGAAGCGGCUACUACAACUGUGGUCCUCAUGGGGCCGAAGACGAGGAUGGCAACACAACGACCUCUGGUAGUUACACACUGGAUGCGGCCGACAUAGAUGACAGUCUGUCGUAAAAAAAAAAAAAAAAAAGAAGAAAAUGACAUUGAAGCCUUGUUGUGCUGUGGUGCCAUGUGUUUUAAAAGACACCCCCUUCUGUUCCCCUUCUCUCGCCCUGUUUUGUGCAAACAAGAGGUCGAUGUGGGCCCUGUUUUCAUGGACUUUUUUGUGCUCCGUGAACAACAGUUCCACGAACCAGCAAUGUGCUUGCUUGCAAACCGACUGGUUCAUCGGAAUAUUUUGACACAAGGCUUAUGUAACUGUUCCUUUCUGCUCCACGUCACGUCUGUCAAUCAAGUUAGUUUCACAAACCUCGGUAAUCACCUUUUUGUCGUUACAGCAUAAUUUUCACACAUGUUUUUGUCUCCUUUUUCCGAUGAUUGCUGGAAAAAGUCUUUUAAAAAUGUCAUGUAAAAAGAAUACUUGCGAUAAGGAAGCGAAAAGAACAUUGGAAACCUUUUUUUCUGGUAAUCAUUUGUUUCAUUUUGUGUCAAUCGAAAGUGCCAAAGUUUUGUUUUUCGAUUUUCUUUUAUUAUUUGAGAAGUUGGUGAGUUUUUUAUUUACGAACCCUGUAUACACAUUAACAAAAGAGAAAUAAGUUUUUAUUCUUUAGCUUGGAGCCACUCGUUCUUUAGAACAGAAAACAAAUCGGUCAGGUCUAAAAAUGUUUGUAAGAAAAAUUGUAUGUUGUCAUGGUGCUAAAUGCUGGGGAUAUAUAUCAAAUCAUGCCGCUCUGCUUUUAUAAUCAGUCUCUUAGCAGCUACUUUUUGAAGAUACAAGCUUUAACACACUUCCGAAAUAUAAACUACUGGCUGUCAAUGUAAGUUUAUCGGAUGAUAUGAUUGUAAGCUAGACCAGAGUAUUACAAAGCCAGCUAUUUUCUUUGAUGUAAAUCAAGCUGAUAGCCACAAUGCAGAGAAACAAAAAUCUCGAAAUAUCCGCAUGGCUUAAAAGAAUUCGUUUUCGAAAUCUUCUUUCGGAACCCGAGACUAAACUGAGGUUCAAAGAAAGGAUAGAAAGAAAAACAACAAGAAUAAGAAGAAAGGAAAACGAUGUACGGGUGAUAAAGAAAUAAAUUUCAAUGGAAGAACGCAUGAAAUAAGCAAAAAAGAAUCAAAGAAAAAAAACGAGAUUUAAUUGUUGGCGCGAACAGCUACAGCUCCACUUCCCGACCGUUGGAUUCAUAUUAACUGGUAUGAGUUCGAAUGUAUUACUUUUCUCAGACGACUUAAGAGUCCAUGAAAAGAAGGAACCGGAACAUUGGCGAAAGGGUAGUUUGGCGCCGGCCGCCAGAGGAACACGCCAUUACUGUGAUCAACUACCUACACCGUGGCCAGCGAGCGCCGUGACCCUGCCUCCGCGCGCAAUGGUUCGAUACCGCACGCAGGACCAGCCCUCGCUCUAAUGUUCCAUUAUGGAACCAUGUCACGUAAGCAAGCCCAAAGUCCUUCUCGUGAGCAUCAUUUUCUUUCAGAGCCUCGGCGUCUGUUUUUGCAUUGAUCUUGGCCGGUGAAUGGGAUAAAAAGAUGUAAUACUUUCUUAUUAAGCUUUUCACAUAAUUUUGCGCACUGCAAAGGAGGAGUUAAUCUUCUAUUCACUGCCGGCCGACGUCUCUCGGUGGUGAUGUUAUCUGAACACAAGAGAGGAAGGGAGAGAGAGAAAGAAAGAGACGUUUAGAGACUGUCUUCAGACCUGUCUUCGUCGUGACGACGAAGAAAAAGCGAAAAACCCGGAUAUGAAAAGGGGGCCCAAUAGGCAAUCACUCAUUUAGUGUUAUUUCUCCUGAAAGUAAAUUCUUGCGCCUAACUUUGGAAUCCUGUUUUUCCAUUGCCAGUCGAACACGGUCGGUAAAUAACUUCGGCUGACAAAGGUUAUAACUAAUUAAUCAUAAUUACUGGACCGUGGAAUCAGUCUGACAUUUAGGUCUGUGUGACCUAUUGACAGUCUCGACAAACUGUUCUUUGUCUCAUUAGUUUUCAAUGACCUGACAUUUCUGUAUGCUCUUUCUUUGCUGUAUGCCUGUUGAUGUAGUUCGCUGGGCCAGUCUGCGAUGUGUUUUAACAGAGCAGUGAUCCGUUAGUGCUACUGUUUGAACCGAUCUGCCAUUAUCAGUCAAUGUUUUAAGCAGUCGUUGUCGUCUGACUGCUCCCCAAAUCUGUUCAAUCAAGCAUGUCAGAUGUGUCUGGUGGUCUAACAAAAAAUAUAUUCAGACUGCACGUUCUGCUAGCUGCCCAUUAAUCUCGUGUUUUACCUUCCCCUCCCUUACCUACCUUCAUUAAACGCUGCAUUACCCAUGAGUGAUUUAUAUAUCCAUAUAUUUUCCUCCAACAUGACUUCCAUGUCUACACCUUACCCUAAUAUUUUCAUCAGGUGCAUGGGUUUGGUAGUUCGUCAAGGAAAUAUACAUUUUUAAAUUGCGGAUCCAUUUUUGUCAUGCUUCCGUCAUUGCAUAGUGCAGUUGGACAGUCUUCAAAGACGGUGAUUCAAAGGCAAUUGGGUGAGAUUUUAAAAUAAGAAGAAAAAAGACUUGUUUUUCCUUGAAGUUAUUUUAAUAAUGUGCUAAUCCUUUUUAAAGACUUGCUUUUGCAUGAGAAAACAUCAUUCGUCUUUCGAGAAUGAAUGUAACGUCCGCGUUACACAAAGCUGUUGAACCGUUUCUCGAGCGUUUCCCCUCCCCCGACUUCCCACCUCCCCAAUGACAUGCCGGCUGUGGAGGUUGUUUGGUGCGACCAUCCUUGUCCUGCGUUUAAACGGCCGUGUACCCGUGGUUACCUAGCUCUUCCGGAGACAAAGAUGUCUUAGGUGUGUUAUCAUGGCAAUCCCUAUGAUCGCGUUGGCCGCAAUUAUACUCGCCAAUAGUAGGAUCUUGUUGCACCCGCUGUUUUCGUGGGGAUGGGGCUACUACCACCGUGUAGCUUAUUUCCAUCAUUGCUGCAGAUGGGAAGAGGAAGGAAGAGGACAAGGCACCGAAAUAGUUUGUCACGAACGUGUGUCGGACAGAGAGAGGACUGAAAGAACGGUUUAUUUUGACUGAUUAUAGUUUUAUGGUUGAUGUCCAGAGGGAAACGGUGAGGAGAGGCAAGAAAGAAGGAACGCAACUCAGGUCUAUACCACACGCAAAGAGGAGAUAAUUCUCAUGUUCAGCAGGUCUUGCGGCAGACGUUUAAGUCGUUUACUUGUAAGAAUUGUCAAUUCAUGUCAAAGAGAGUCUAAAGUCAAUUUUAGACAAAAUUCAGAAACUUUAGCUAGGGACUAGUCGAGAAUACUUUGGUGGAAAACAAAUAUUAGAUUUUCUCCCUUUAGGGAACUGAUAGCCGAAUUCGUUUGAGAACUUGGGGAAGUCAGUUCAAAACUUUGAAACCUUAAAACAGUUAAACUGAAAGACUAAAACCAAAAUGUCGGUGCCAGACAAAAGACUGCCGCGUGACAUAAGAAGAACAGUUUAUUUCCAGAAAGUGGUGCCUAUUAGUGAAGCUUUAACUGAAACUUAACUGUCAUGCGUCCAGACACACCAGAGACUUUUUUCAUUGUAUGUUGUGAAAAUGGCAUUUACAACAAGUUUAGUUCAUGGAGAGUUAUUGCUCUGUAUGUUGUUGUCAUGUUAAAAUGAGUCCCCGUGCUUAAUGAAAUAUAAAUAUAUAUUAAUAUCUUUGAUGACAUCAGUAGAUGACUAAGCCAUGAAUAUCGGGUGGUCGUCACCCUCUCUUACUAACAUUUUUCUAUAUUUGAAACCUACCCAGUCAUUAUAACGAAAGUAUGGAUUUCACCGGGAGUGUCAUGCUAAAGCUACUGUUGAUAUCAUGCUGUUAAUCAACAAGAGAAUUAAUUUGUUUUACAGUGCCAAUACACGGGUAUAGGUUUUGAAAAUGGUAUUACAAGAUGAUUACAUUAAAUGCUGGUUGGGGGUGGUAAUAGCUUUGAAACAUUAAUUAUGUAAUUGCGAGGAGUUGACGUGUAUCUCGUUUACAGGUAAGUGGUUUCUUUAUUCUAGUCACUUCCACCCAGGUGUUGAGCUCCUCAUAUGGAUUCAGGGCGGUGUGGCUGGUUGACCAACUUAAACUAUCGGCUGUAGGUAGUCUCUGGAACUCGUUCAGUAUUUUGUUACACAUUUUAUGUUAUUUAAAGAGGGCCAAAUUUGAUGUUAUAAUCGAUGAAAAUGCUGUCAUUCAAACAGAAGAGAAAGAGAAAUUUCCUCGCUAACCAUUGUUUUUGCCGGUCUUGUGGUUUUUUUUUUUAAAUGACCGAGUCUACAAAAUGUGCCAAGUUUUUUCAGUAAAUGUGGCUGCUGUAAAGGUGAUAGAUAUGUCAAGUUGCCCGGCAUAUUUGCCCUCGUAUCUGGAGACUGUGUUAACUUUCCCAUCGAUCCUUGCAGCGGCUCGAUGGUUGCUGGCUAUUGUCUUGAUGGUUAUUAUUUUGACUGCUUUGAUUCCCAAAGUGAAAUAUAUCAAAGAGUAAAAUGUUGUAGUGUUUCUUUUUUCUUUUAAUUGUCUUCAGCAAGCAUAACUAUCCACACUAUACACAUAAUUCACAUUGCUCUGUUCUGAUAGCCUUAUUGUAUAAUAUGAAUUGUUAUUCUGAUGUUCUAUGUGCAAGCAAAGCAAUGCUCAUAUAUCACAAGAUGGAAUAUGUUGGUGUAUCCGAAAUCAUGAAUGUUUGUUCUUAUCGUUUCGAUCGUGUCGGGAGAUGUCCCUUUAUCCACUGCAACCAUUCUUCACAGUCGAUAUUAUGUCUGGCUAUAGUUGUUGUCUGAAUGCAGCCAUGGUCAAGAUUUCCCUUUUGAGCUUUGUUGCAGAACUUUUGUAAUACAGUAUACAUGCAAUUUUUGUGAGGGUUGUCUUCGCCAUACUUCUCUCGCUGUGGUCGAUGCUUAACGUGCAUGUUGUCUCCCUUUUCUUCAUCGGUGAGAAUGCAGACGAUGGCGGCUAGUUCAAGUAAGCAGCGAUGAUCAACAGGACGAUGUAUGACUGAGUCUGUAAAAUACCAAAAAAAUAUCGUCUUUGGAAAUAUUAUACUUUGUAGUGACUGUCUGAUGCCAGAAUGUUUAAGAAGAGUACAUGUUUUUUUUUUUUCAUCUGUGUAUAUGAGGUACCCGUUUACAACAAUCUCAGAGGACAAGUUAUUGAUUAAAAGACAUUUGAAUGUGUAAGAAUGUGCAAGAAUGUAUAUUUACUAAUCUCUAUAUGUGUGUGCAUGCUUGUGAGUGUGCAGGGGCGGCCUUAGGCAUGUGCAAACUAUUCACCUGCACAGGGCCGCCAAAUCCCAGCGUCGACCACGCCAAUAUAUGUUGAAUAUAAAACAGAAAGAGAAAAUAAUGACACAGCUGACGGCAAUGUGGUCGAAAAAUAUUGUUUUUUGUGAAUUAAUGCACUGUAUUUACUAUGUGUACCAUUCUGAAGUAAUGAGAAUAUCACGGGCCGCCACUUGUUUUUCUUGACAAUGGCGGGCCAAGAGGGCCACCACUUCUGUCUCUGCCCAGGGCCGCCACCAGGCCAGACCCGCCCCUGCUGUAUGUGUGUUAGUGAGUCAGUCCCUGUGUGCAGUGACUUUAUUGCAUUGUAUCGUUGGUCACAGUCUCGCGAGAGAAACCCUGUGGACGAGAUUGUGAAGGAAAGUCCGAACAGUGUGUUCAGUUUGCCUUGGACUUGUUUAAUAACUGGAAUGUAUUUCUCCACUAUCUGUAUUGCAUUCCCGUCUGUGGACAGAAGUAAACAUUUUCUUGUGAAGUCA